AUGUCUAGAGCUGCACCUGGGGAUCGUGCAAUGGCAUACCAGCCUGGAGUCCAACCUCCGAAUGGACCCUCCUAUCACUCUAGAACGGGAGACCAGAACCAAAGUUACGGAGAUAGCAGGAAAGAGAGAUUGUUAUUCAGGAAUGAAAGAUUCUACGCGCACGGCAGGGAUGAAGAGAGGAUGGAUAUGGAAAGGUAUGUCGUGGACAGAGCUGGUGGGACCAUCGUCGACAGGGCUUCCUGCAAUUUUAUCGUCAGUGUCGAGAAAGGUGUGAUACAGAGUAGGAAGCUCUUUUGGGCUAUUCCAAGGGAAGAUCUUGAUGCUGUAUACAAAUCUGGGCCGGACAACCAUGUGACUCAAGAUAGCCCCAAUCUGGCUCGACGACUCGAUAUUAAUCGAUCUUGGGAACAUAAGAGAGGUGAUGAUGGUUUUGGUCAGAAUGGUAAAAGUAGAUGGGAGAAGGACAACGGGUGGAAGGAUAGAAUUAAGAAAGACAAUUAUGAUCGUAUCAGAUCUACUUCCUCGAAUACUCCACAAGAGUCCAAUCACCAUAAUGAUGACCCCAAAGGUAUCUUUCGACACCAUAUUGUCUGGGUAGUGGGAGCACCAGGCCAGCAUAGAUACCUCAAGAAUCUAUUCAUGUCUCAUGGAGGGCUCAAAUCUCACAAUCUGAACUCGACCACGCAAAUGGUCUUCUACCCACCAAAUAGGGGAUUUGAAGAAGUGACGAAAAAUGACCACAUUCUUGGGGAAAACUUAUAUGGUAAAGGCGUCAGAUGCUUGACCUAUAGAUGGGUAGAAGAUUCUGUUAAAGCUAAAAGGUUGCUGGAUGAGAAGGACUAUCUGGUGGAGAAGAAGGAUCUUUUCGAUAACGAUUUCUGGAGAAGGGUAAGAGAACGACGCUUUGAGGAUGUACAGAGAUGUAUAGAUAGAGAAUCAGGAUUCUCGACCGAGAUUCACCAAAGUGAAAAAGAAAAUCGCAGAGAGUCUUGCUUCGGAGGCAAGCAUCAAGAGAUCGACGGUUCGGACGAUCCUAAAUCCACCAUCCACCCUGAUCAAGUCGCUUCCCUGCUCAAACAGUUGACCGCGAGAGUCGGAACAGUCAUAGAAGCUGCUCAGAGUCAGAUUCAAGAUACAGCUCCAGCACAGGUCCCUUCUAAGUUAAGUCACAGCGGUUACGAGCCGAUCGACCGAGAGCUACCAGCAGACUUGGUCGCCGAUCGUUACCCUACUCCCAUCUCACCUGUUCGCGAGUCCUCCUACCAAUUCUCGAAAUCUUGGUCAGGCCUGACCAAUACAGAUGGAUUUUUGAUGAACAACGGUGAAGACGCUUCCCAAGAAGGUUCAAUGGACGCUACUCAGCUCCAAGCACUGGCGACACCUCGACAGUCUAUCUCGAGCUCGGAAAGUCAAAACAAGGACAUGUAUCAGCCCCUGACAGGGAAAUUGAUCUGGGUUGUUGGUCCUGGUUCUGCGAGAGAUACAUUACACCCAAAGAUUAUGCAACUUGGAGGAUCACUGUCUACUCAUUUACCCAGCUCAACCAUUGUCGUCUUCUGUCGAAGCGCGGCGAAGCCCUUCAUCAUGUCAAGGAUGAGGGACUUUGAACGAGCCGCGGAGAGCGACUGUCUACUCGUUGCGGAAAGCUGGAUACACGAUUUGUACUUUGUCCAGACGUACCUCGAUCCGAAACCUUAUCUCAUUAAUGGUCCAGAACUGUUAUCGGACGUGCAACUUUGGCACGGGAUCAUACCUUGGAGUCGGACAAGGGCUGAAGGUCAGCGAUACAUCGGAGAAAGCGAUAAGCUCUCUGAGCCUUGGCAAAAAUAUCUUGGGGCGGAACAUGGAGAUGAUCGUCAUCGAUCCACAAAGGAAGGGCAAGUCCGAGAGCAGUCAAUCCCGGCGGCUGAACAGGCAGAACGAAGAGAACCUACUGGGGCUUCGUAUAAACACGUAGAGCCUCAACAUAUAGCUAGGGAUCCGAUGGGUCUUGCGGUACUGGAAAGAAGCAGACAGGGUGACUGUGUACCUUUGUCUCUACAGCCUCUGGCCCUGGAUCCUUGUCGUGCGCCCAAACCACCUUUGCCGAAUUGUCAUGAUACUCAGGCCGCUUCGACAAGGCUUCCUGCUAAGAUCGAUGGGCCACUUCCAGAGGAGAGAACCGAGAUUGACGGUCUUGUAGUGCCGGCACCAACCACUGUUCACGAACAGGAUGACAGCGAUGACUAUGCUGAUUUAGCUGGUAUCUUCUCCUCGGACGCAGAAGAGGAUGAGACUUUAGGGAGCAAUCGGAUCUUACACCUGCCUCAGCCAUCCAGGUGCAUUCUUGAAAACCGAUCCACAUUCGACCUUCACCUCGGUGCUUAG